CUCUCUCAGCUCAGACAGAAAGCAACACUACUAUUUUGACAAGCUGCGCCUCACACACAUUCACACACUCAACACACACACACACACACACACUCCUGCCGCAUGCACGACUGCACACAAAACCACACACUCACUCUCUCUCUCUCUCUCACACACACACAAAGACAUCCGCUGGAUACUGGCACACGCUGGAGCAGAGGAAUCAGAAACAUAGCGACACAGAAGGGCUAGCAGGCAGACAGACAGGCGGAAACACAAUCCCUGUACUGGACUGGACUGGGAGAGACUAUACUGGGAGGCAGAUGUACUGUACUGGGAUAUAUUUAUACUGGGGAGGCUAACCUCGUCAUGGCAACAAACCGACCUCUCUAAGGAUUAAACUCUUCCUCCAAAAGGACUUCCUCCUCCUUCCUCCUCCUCAUCUCCUCAUUCAUUUUUCACCAUCCUUUUUUUCUACAAUCGUUCCUAUGUAAAAUGUGAUUGGUUGUUGCUGCCGUCCGGAGAUCGAUGUGAGGAUUAUACCAACAGCUCUUUCUCUCCGCUUCUUUAUGUUAGGAUAGAUUUUUUUGUGACGGUUUUGGCGUUGGGGUUGGUGGUGGGUGGCUGGUAUUUUGGAAGGGCGGAGUAUCUCUUCCUUGCCCCCUUCCCCAGGAGGAGGCUGGCAUCGGGGCGUCCUGAUGCCAGGGCUCGUCUAGAGAGGGUGGACGCGGGACGCUCCGACAUGCCCCACCCCCUUCCCUCUGCCGGGCCCCCUGAUUGGCGGAGCCAGGGGAGGACCUCGCACACAACCAAACCAACCAGACCUGUUCUGCUGUGUCUCCUGUGUGUCCUGUCUUCCCUGGUGGAUCUAACCACCGCCUGUCCUCCAACCUGCUUCUGCAACGCCACCGACGUAGACUGCAGCGGGCGCGGCCUGCUCUCCAUGCCCGCCCUCACCCAUCUCCCCGUCUCCGCCCGCACCCUCCUGCUGCCCAACAACCACCUCUCCUCCCUGGGGUCCUUCGCUAACCUCACCUCCCUGGAACGACUGGAUCUCUCCAACAACUACCUGGAUAAUCUUCCCCCAGCGCUCUUCAAGGACCUGGGGAAUCUAUCAGAUCUGACCCUCCACAACAACAGUCUUAGGGCCUUGGAUAGGGAUCUCUUCCAGGGGCUGGUGGGGCUGAGGAAGCUAGAUGUCUCCCUCAACGGGCUGUCUGAUAUCCCCCUGGGUCUGCUGGAUGAGCUGCAGGGGCUGACGUGGCUCUCCGUGGCCGGGAACAGGCUCCAUGCCCUGGAGAGAGCAGCCUUCGAGCCCCUGGCUAACCUCCAGUCUCUUCAGCUAGGGGCUAACCCCUGGGAGUGUGACUGCAACCUGAGGGACUUCAAGCACUGGAUGGAGUGGCUGCUGUACAGAGGUGGUAAGGUAGAUGGGGUGGAGUGUACCCUCCCUAAGGACCUGCGAGGAGCGGACAUCCGUGGUGUUCCAGUGGAGAUGUUCAACUACUGCCUCCAACUGGAUGACGAGAACAGGGGAGGAGGGGGACGCGGAGCGGAGGAAAAAGAGGGUUCAUCCCCGCCCUGCGGCCGAACUACCGGCUCCGGAGCCCCCACAUCCGAAUCUGAAGUCCCCCCUGCGGGCGACCUGGUGCCCGUCCCGGACUGUGUGCGGCGGCGCGUACAGCCGGUGAGCGUGCGGAGGGCCAUCGGGGUGACGGUGGUGAUAGCCGGGGUGGUGUGUGGCAUCGUGUGUAUCAUGAUGGGGGCGGCGGCCUACGGAUGUAUCUAUGCCUCGCUCAUGGCCAAGUAUCAACGAGAGCUGAAGAAGAGGCAGCCCUGA